AUGGAAGAAAGCAUUGAUGGGACGCAUAAUUUUAUAAUAUUUUUCUCAUAUAUAGGAAUAGGUUUCAAUGGAUCAGCUUACCAAAAAGAUAAUAAUAAUACAGUAGAAAAUAAACUGAUAGAAAGAUUACAACAAUUAGACUUAAUUUCAGAUUCAAAUUGUUCAUUUUCCCGAGUCUCAAGAACAGAUAAAGGUGUUUCUGCUCGGAUGAAUGCAUUAACUAUAAGAUUAAAAAUUAAAUAUCCACAUUUAUCUAUAUCAAUAAUCGAGAAAAUAUAUCUUAAAGAGUUAAAUAAAAAAUUAAAAAAUAUACAAAUUAUUCAUAUUCAAUGUGUUCCAAAUAAUUUUGAUGCUCGCUUAAACUGCAUACAGAGAACUUAUGUCUACUUUUUUAUCAAUAAAAAUUAUAACAUUGCUAAGAUGAAUGAGGCCGCAAAAAUAUUUUUAGGUGAACAUGAUUUUUCUAAUUUUUGCAAAAAAAGAAAAAAUAAUACUUCCUUUAUAAGAACAAUUCAUAAAUUUGAGAUUAAAAACAUUGAUCAAAACUUUUACUAUUUUAAAAUAAAAGGAACAUCAUUUUUAUACAACCAAAUUAGGCAUAUGGUUGCUGCAUUAUUUUUAGUUGGGAAAGGUCAGUUGGAUGAACAAGAUAUAAAAACCAUGUUGGAAAAUAAUUCUAUCAAAAAUAAAAAUUACAAAAUAGCUGAUGAAUGCGGGCUGCUAUUAUACUCGUUCAAGUUUAGUGACAUUAAUUUUAAUUUUAAUGUUGAUAAUAAAAUAUUUUUAAAUGUUAUGAAUAAAUAUAUCCAAACAACAAUACUUGUAGUUUCUCUUUGUUACCCAUUAAAAAUUAAAAAGCCAAGUGAAAAUUUUUUUGAAAAUAUAAAUGAUGAGACUAAAGAAAUUUUACAAUAA